AUGUCGGACCGCACUGACACCGGGAUAGUGAAUGUGGUCUGUAGCAAAGGCGAUGACAAUGUAGAUGAGGGAGACGAGCAAGAGGUACGCGGAGACGUGGAUGCAGAAGACCGCGUGAACGCAGCGGACAACGUAUAUGCAGCGGAUAACACGGAGGAAAACGUGGAUGAAGAGGAUGACACCGAUAAAGAGGACGACGUGGACGCAGACGACGACGACGACGACGACGAAACAGACAACAUCGAUACUUACUCGGAGAGUAACAUUACCAACGAACCCGAGGACACUCCCGAUCCCGCGUGGGCCAAAGAGAAGGAGCUGACGAGGAGCCACAAAUUGUAUGCCGAGCAGGCAUGCCUGGAACUUGAAGAUGCAUUGAAAGGGGAACCAAUCCCGCAGGCUUCGAAUCUGAAGGUACUGCGCGUGCGUGCCUAUCUGCCCCCAGGCAUUGUGAUACUCGGGCUGCACAUGCUUCUUUCUUUGGGGUCUCCUUCUACGACGGACUUCAUGCUGGAGCUGAAUUUCAGCACCACGACUCUCGAUCUGACUGACUGA